UUCAAAAUGGAGAUUGUCGAGAAAAAAAAAGAUCACAGACGCUAUAGUGGCACAGAUACAAAGAGGAGUCCUCUAUUUAUGUCUAUGGCUCGACUCUGCUGUAGUUCAGUUGGCAAGUGCAGCCAGGACACACGGACCAGUUCCUGGACAAGAGAGACUUGACUGAGUUUUAUGGUCCAGAGUGAUUCCUGAUGGUAGCUACAGACUGAGAAGGAAGGACUGACUGACUAUAACUACAACCUCUACCAGUGUCUUAACCAGCCACCUCAAACGGGUUUGUGUGACCUACCCUUCAGUGUGGGGGUGUUAGGACUAUCCCUCUGACAGCAUGGCCCCAGCGGUGGGCGGUCCGGUGGGCUACACUCCUCCAGAGGGGGGCUGGGGCUGGGCGGUGGUGGUGGGAGCCUUCAUCUCUAUUGGCUUCUCCUAUGCCUUCCCCAAGUCCAUCACUGUCUUCUUCAAGGAGCUGGAGGCCACCUUUGACGCUACUCCCUCACAGGUCUCAUGGAUCUCCUCUAUCAUGCUGGCCUGCAUGUACGGUGGAGGACCAAUUAGCAGUAUUCUGGUGAACCGCUAUGGCAGUCGACCAAUCAUGAUGCUAGGGGGCUGUCUGUCAGGAAGUGGUUUGAUAGCAGCUUCCUUCUGCAACACUGUGCAACAACUCUACUUCUGUGUCGGAGUUAUUGGAGGUCUGGGUCUAGCGUUCAACCUGAAUCCGGCGUUGACUAUGAUUGGUAAAUACUUCUAUAAGCGUCGUCCUAUAGCCAAUGGCAUUGCCAUGGCGGGCAGCCCAGUCUUCCUGUCCACGCUGGCUCCUCUUAACUCCUGGUUCUUUGACCAGUUUGGCUGGAGGGGCUCCUUCCUCAUCCUAGGUGGUCUACUGCUCAACUGCUGUGUAGCUGGGUCCUUGAUGAGACCCAUUGGACCCAAACCUGCCGACCCCCAACUGUCGGAGAACGGGGCGGUGAAGAAGGCGGAGUCUAAUCUGACGGUGAUGCAGCGUGUCAAUGCCGUGAUUGACCUGACGCUGUUUAAACACCGCGGCUUCCUGCUGUAUCUCCUUGGCAACGUCAUCAUGUUCUUUGGCCUGUUCUCUCCCCUAGUCUUCCUCUCCAACUACGCUAAGAGUAAGGACAUCAGUAAAGAGAAGGCUGCUCUGCUUCUCUCCAUCCUCGCCUUUGUUGACAUGUUCGCCCGUCCUUCUAUGGGGCUGUUAGCCAACACCCGCUGGGUCCGACCCAGGAUACAGUACUUCUUCGCUGCAUCCGUGCUCUAUAACGGGGUGUGUCACGUCUUGGCGCCGCUGUCCGUGGACUAUGUAGGCUUCGUGGUGUAUGCUGUGUUCUUUGGGUUUGCGUUCGGCUGGCUGUCAGCAGUUCUGUUUGAGACUCUGAUGGACCUGGUCGGGGCCCAGAGGUUCUCCUCAGCCGUCGGACUCGUCACCAUCGUGGAGUGUGGACCGGUACUGCUGGGACCGCCACUACUCAGUCGUUUCUAUGACUUCUAUGGUGACUACCAGUGGACCUACCUGUGUUGUGGUAUCAUCCUCAUCAUCUCCUCAGUUUUCCUCUUCGUAGGGAUGGGCAUCAACUACAAGCUGUUGGAGAGAGAGAAGGAGGAGGAGGAGAGGAGAGAGACGGAGCGGCCCAAGGAGGAGUGCACAGCCAUGCUGGGGGGAGAGAAGGAGGAGAGGAGAGAGACAGAGCGGCCCAAGGAGGAGUGCACAGCCAUGCUGGAGGGAGAGAAGGAAAGGGGGGAGGAGAGUAGUGAGGCCACACCCAUGACGGAUGUUUCUAAGAUGGAUGAAGAUAUUGUUUAGCAGGGUAGGCAACUAAAUGCAGUCGAGGGGCCGAAACAACAUAAUUAGAAUAAUUUGAACACUGUAAAUUACCACAACUAAGCCCAAAAAGACAUGAUCAAUUUCAUACCUUGAUUACAUUGAGAAUAUUUGGGAGCACAUUUCCUAAAUUUAAAUAAUUUUUAGUUGAAUUCCUGUAUCCCCCUUAUUAUUAUUAUUAUUAUUAUUAUUAUUAUUAUUAUUAUUAUUACUACUACUACUACUUCGGGGGGCCCAAAAAAUCACUUUCGGGCUGGUUUUGGCCCGUUGGCCUCCUGUUGCCAACCCCUGCUGUAUAGAGACUGACCUGAUCUGGACACACACCCUCUGGUUUAGGUACCUUUGGUAAACUGAGCCGAGUCCUCUACAGUAGACGAGCUAUAACACAGAGGACUACUGUCUCUGAGCUCACAUAUACAACAUCCAGUAUCUAUCCCAGCUCUACACACUGUCUUCAUACAUACCUGAAUGGUCAUGUCAUCACAUCAGUCUUUGUGCUUCCCAGAUCCUGUGUGCGGUACGAUCAAUCACAGUAUUAUAGGUGAUCAGAAUGAUUGAUAGUGUUGUUUUUAUAAUGUUAAUGAUUAGUAGAAUGUAGACUAUUGUGAUUCUGUAAUGAUGUAGAUUUCUAGUUGAGGAGCACAACGAUGUGAUU